GACAACGAGCGGCUUCGUCCACUGCUGCUCUCUCUCUCUGAGAGACGGCGGCAGUGCGCUGUCCACCGCUUGCUGCUGGUGAUCCGAUAGUUGUGAAAAGCCACCACUAGUCGCCCCCAGUGCUCUUGCAGUCUCCAAUUUUUCUUUCUCACUGUAGACUUAACGUCACGUCCGCACUUGAACUUGAAUUUUAUCCCAUUGUACGGAGCCAGCUCUAGCCACAGAGAGACAGAGAGCUCGGGGGAAGCAGGACUCCGCCAUCUUCACACUCACACAGAGAAAGGGGAGAGAAAAGCGUGCAGGUCUUGAUUUAUUGAGAAAGGAGGUGGCAGCCUGUAUGCCCGGUCUCCACAGAGCCGUACAAGGGGACAGAGCACUUGGAGUUGAGGAGACUGAAAAGUACCUGGCAUUGCAUGCUCAAGGCUGCACCAAGAGAAGUGCCCAUCACUUGGCCAUACACAAGUGCCCAAGAAGAAAAAUUGGAUUCAUAGUUUUCUAAAAUUUUAUCAUCAAUUAUUGUAAUUGUGUGUGUUUACGAUUUUUUAUUUGAGUUUUUCGUAUUUUUCUAAAAGAAGAAACGAAGUAAGGCUGAGCCAUUGACUGGACACAGUCUGGGUACCCGAGCUGUCAGCGCGCGCUGACCAUCGCGUUCUGAUUCUUCUUUUUCUCUCACGAGGUGGAGGGACACUUGCCGGUGUUUGAUCUCAACUGUCAUUCACAACAACCGUCAAUCAUCCAAGGAUAUUUCCACCACGUCUGAUCUCUUUCUUUUUUCUACUUGGACAGAUCUCACUUCUCUCACACACCUUUUGCCAAUGGUGUGAGUAGCCUAAAGAGAGAAGGUGAAAUUGAAUUGAAGGUAGGCUAUAGCCAGGCAACCCACGGUCUCGUCACACACAAACACAGGGGCAGAGUGGACCGACGAGACAAAACGCAAAAGACAUUUUCGUAUCUCCAAACGAGGGGACCACUAGCCUACAGCACGACACCCGAACAACCACCCUCCCUGUCCGGCGGCCCGAGCGCAGGAGCCUCGGUCUUGUUGAGGUCCCGUGAAAAGUUGAGUGCCGAGCAGGAGGAGGCAAUAGGAGGGAAGCGAGCCCAUCCUUCAGAGUGCUGGUCUCCGGGCAAUGCCAGUGUAAAUGCCAGGGCAAUGUCCCGUCGCAAGCAGGGGAACCCACAGCACGUGUCACAGAGAGAAUUAAUAGCACCGGCGGAGGCUGACCAUGUGGAUGGCGGACUUUCCGUGUCUGGCUCCCUCACCCAACCUCACCCCCACCCUCAACCUCACCCCCACCCUCACCCUCACCUUCAAUCUCACCCCCACCCCCACCCCCUGUUGUCCCACCCGGCCCUGCUGGACCCCAGCCUAUCCGACAGCCUGGCCAUGGGGCUGGGGGACCAGGACCUGCUCACCUGUGGCCAGUGUCAAAUGAACUUCCCCCUGGGAGACAUCCUGCUCUUCAUCGAGCACAAGAAGAAGCAGUGCCAGGCCCUACUGCAAGGCCCUGGCUGCUACGACAAGAUGGCCGCCGACCGCAGCAGCCCCUCCCCGCCUCACCAGCAGCAGCAGAACCAGGGUCGCCACGGUCACAGCCAGCUGAGGAAAGUGGUGGAACCGGUGGAAAUCGGAAUCCAGGUGACACCGGAGGAGGAAGAGGACGAGAGGCUGAUGGUGACGCCCAUCAAAGGAAUUUGCCCCAAGCAGGAGAGUGCCCUGGCAGGAGGAAGGGAUGAGCCUUCAAGCUACAUCUGCACCACGUGUAAGCAGCACUUCCCCAGCGCCUGGUUCCUUCUACAGCACGCCCAGAACACCCACGGCAUCCGCAUCUACCUGGAAUCCAACCCCUCCAGCGCAUCGCUCACCCCCCGCAUCACCAUCCCCGGGCCCCCCAUGGGCCAGGACUCCAUCCCCCAGUCUCCCCUCACCAAUUUCCUGGGAGAGAGCAACCCCUUCCACCUGCUGAGGAUGACCGGGCCCAUGCUCCGAGAGCCCCCACCAGGCUUCAUGGAGAACCGCGGAGGCCUCCCCAACACGCCUCCCUUCGUCAGCCCCCCACCCCGCCACCACCUGGACCCCCACCGGCUGGAACGCCUUAGUGCCGAAGAAAUGGGGCUCAUCUCCCAGCACCCCAGUGCCUUCGAGAGGGUGAUGCGGCUAACGCCGAUGGCCAUCGAAUCCCAGUCCAUGGACUUCUCCAGGCGGCUCCGGCAGCUGGCAGGGAACAACAACGUGGCCACCCCUCCUCUGUCGCCCAGCCGGGCCAACCCUAUGCACCGCCUGCUCAACCCCAACCCCUUCCAGCCAAGCCCCAAGUCACCCUUUCUCAGCACCCCGCCCCUGCCGCCCAUGCCCCCCAACAGCACCACUCCGCCCCAGACGCAGGCCAAGAGCAAGUCAUGCGAGUUCUGUGGGAAGACCUUCAAGUUCCAGAGUAACCUGGUGGUCCACCGGCGGAGCCACACCGGGGAGAAGCCCUAUAAGUGUCAGCUGUGUGACCAUGCCUGCUCCCAGGCCAGCAAGCUGAAGAGACACAUGAAAACACACAUGCAUAAGUCUGGUUCCAUGACAGGACGGUCUGACGACGGGCUCUCCACCACCAGCUCACCGGAGCCGGGCACCAGCGACGUGACAGGAGAGGGCAUGAAGAACCGAGAUGGAGACUUCAGGGGUGAGGGCGAAGAGGAGGAAGAGGAGGAGGAGGAAGAGGAGCCGGAGAAUGAGAGCAGGCCGGUGUCAAACUUCAGCAUGGACAACAUGGAGUUCUACCGUAACCGUGAGAACGGCUCCAAGCCGCCAUCAGACGAGAAGAAUGCCCUCUCUCUCGGCAAGAUGGUGGAGAGUGUGGGCCUGAGCACUAUACAGCAGUACAAUAACUUGAUAGUCGACAAUCGUAAAAAUCGGAUGCUCUUCUCCAAGAGGGGGUCCGACGGGCAGCGGGACACUGGGGAUGAGGACUCUGUGGUGGGAGAGAUGGAGAGGGAGCACCAUCACCACCAGAUGGAAAGGGACCACCAGAAGCCCACGGUCAAUGGCAGGAACUGUGGCUCCGGCGACUCUUUCUCAGGCCUGUUCCCCCGCAAACCCACUCCCAUCACCAGCCCCUGCUUGUCCAACUCCUCCAACAAGAGGAUCAAGAUUGAGAAGGACCUGGAAAUGCCCUCGGCGCCCCUCAUCCCUUCCGAGAACGUCUACUCCCAGUGGCUGGUGGGAUACGCUGCCUCACGACACUUCAUCAAAGACCCUUUCCUGGGCUUUACCCACUCCAGACAAUCUCCCUUCGGCACCUCCUCUGAGCACUCGUCUGAGAACGGCAGCCUGCGCUUCUCCACGCCCCCCGGGGACCUCCUGGAUGGCGGCCUGUCGGGGCGCAGCGGCACAGCCAGCGGGGGCAGCACCCCUCACCUGGGGGGUCCGGGACCUGGCCGGCCCAGCUCCAAGGAGAGCAGACGGAGCGACACCUGCGAGUACUGCGGCAAGGUGUUCAAGAAUUGCAGCAACCUGACAGUGCACCGGCGCAGCCACACGGGAGAGAGGCCCUACAAGUGCGAGCUGUGCAACUACGCCUGCGCCCAGAGCUCCAAGCUCACCCGCCACAUGAAGACCCACGGGCAGAUGGGUAAGGAAGUGUACCGCUGUGACAUUUGCCAAAUGCCCUUCAGCGUGUACAGCACUCUCGAGAAACACAUGAAAAAGUGGCACGGGGAACAUUUGAUGACCAACGAGGUCAAAAUUGAGCAAGCCGAGAGAAGCUAAGCCAGAUUUCCUAUUUUGCCUCUUUCGCCACACAUUGACUUAUAUAUUUAAAAAAAAUACAAAAAGGGGUAGCUGGAUACUCUUUUUCUUAAAUAUCGAAUUUUGGGUUAAUUUUAUGUUUUUGCCUGAGAAACUGCCAACCGAGAAAAACAAUUAAACAAACAAACAAAUAUUAACACCAAUUGAAGCCGAUCUAAACUGCCUCAUUUGGCUAAAGGUCCUUUUUAACGGUCGGUCAGAGGCUGAAUUAAAUGAUAACAUAUGUGGAGCCUUUAACUGUGCAAUAAUUUCUGUAUUUAAUGGAUUUUGUAAUAUUUUGGCAUGUGCAGGUACAUUUUUAUUUAGUCAUUUUAAAUUUGUUUGACUUUUUAUUUUAAUUGCUGGGAUUUUAUUUGAUUCUUUUUCAACCCAGAGGAUAUCCUGAGAUUUAUUUGCAGACAAAAAAACACAUUUGAAUACUCUUUAGGCCGCUGCUCAUAGGAAAUUGUAUAUUUAAAGCUACACAUGUAAUUUCUUGAAGAGAAGCCAAAUUUUAUCUUUUCAUUUUUAGAAAGCAUACCUGAGAAAGCUAUUUUGUGUUUGUUAUACACGACAGGAUAUACGUGCGCGGACAACAAUCCUUUGGCAUUGUAGCGGGAACCGACUUUUAACAUGUCAAUCUAAUUAGAUAUGUAGCACUGAAUGUCAAUUAUGACAGUAAAUCUAAAGAGAACAUCGAGGUUCACAAACCCUGCCUCCUCCCAAGUAAAUACAUUUAUUAAAAAGAAGGAAGAAAAAGAAACGGGUUAUCACAAAGGCAGCUGCUUAGCGGUACCUAGUACCAACCCGGACAGACGACGCUAGAAAAACAGAGAUUCCGCUUAUUUCUAAAGAAGCCCCUCACAGUUCUCUCACACUGUUUACAUCUAAACAAGCCUGUCCUAAACUCACCAUAACUCAUCCUAAGCACAACAUACCUACUAUGACAAUGCAAGUACUGACGUUUUUUUUGUUUUUUUUUCUUCAAUCUUUUAUCACACAGUUGUAGGAUGGCUAAACCGUCGGGCUAAACUGCGCAGCUUUAUAACGAGAGAGAGCAGGGAGAUCUUAGGGUGAGCUAUAGGGCCUCUCCCCUCUCCUUUAUUUUCCCAUUCACCUCCUCAUUAUCAUUCCGUGGAUGAGUUGAACACAAUUGCCCAUGCCCACAGAUUACACCCUCCCCCAAUCCCCUGUCCCUUGUCUCUGAUACUCACUCCCUCUCACUCCUCUGCCAGCUAACUAUUAAAACUCCCAGUACUGUUACUAACUCCCUGUCGGACACUCAGUACAGAGUAGCAUUACAGAGAGUCUUAUCACCUUCAGUCUCACUCAGUACCUGGCAGCCAUUUCAAACUGCAUUACGAUAGACGCAUACUUUAGGGAUCUAUAUCUUUAUAGAUAUCUUAUCUUUCUGAUCUGGAUCUUUUAAAUGUCCUCUUUUUCUGUUUUGAUCACCAUUCAUAUUUAAUGUUACUCUUGGUAAUCAUUUUUGUAAUCAGUACCAUAUGUCAUCUACUGCAUUGUUCAGUUUAGCAAGGGGCUGGGUAGCGGUGGUCACAGCCAUAGCGGAUUAGAAUGACAUAAAAUGGAUUUAAACAUGAUUAUUAAUAACUAUUACAUUCAGUGACAAUGUUUAUGAUAUCACUUGAAAACAGCCCUAUGCAUUUUUUUCUAGAAAUAUCUAGCAAUCGUUUUGAAAAAUGAAUUUAUACUGUAUAGUAAAAAGUCUGAUUGUAUAGUGUGCCAUAGUCAAAAUGUUUAUGAUGUUGACUUUUUCUUCUGGUUAAUAUUGUUAAGUCCCCUGUGAGACAGAACCAGUGGCAGUUAGUUAGUGAUAUGCAGACCAGUAAAUUGCACAGUUCUAGAUACAUACAGUGUCUGUAGAAGUCUGUUGAGCGUGUGCCCAAACAGUAAGACAAUUUUUUCUUUCUUUCCUCAUUCAGGGCUCCCUGUGAUGUGUAGUUGAACGCAUUCUGAGAAGUAGCAACUCUGACACACACAGAAUGCACAGCUGAGUGAGCUUUUUAGGAAAGCAAGCACCAACCUUUGCCCAAAUCACCACUCCCUGUUAUUUUGAAUAAUGUACCCCGUCCUACCCCCCUGUUCCGAUCCCCCUCAAGUUGACCUUUGACAUCCAAGUAUUUUUUUUUUUUAAUUUUUUUUUUAGAAUUGAGGUAAAAAUAUGUCAUUGAGAAGAAAUAGAAAAACAUGAACAGCUCUUUGCAGUUGACCCGCACUUUAUGAUUUGUCUCUUUUUUUUUACACACAAAAAAAGAAAAAGAAAAUUGAAAAUACGGCUUCUGAGCAAGAAAUGACUUCGACUGGAUUUAUUCGGCCUGGGUAACGGGUUCUAGAGUUUGGAAUCAGUUGAGAUUGAAGUGCUAGCAUUGCUAUAGGCGUGGCUUUCCCAAUGCUGGCACUAUAAAAAUGAAAAAUUAAUUUAUUGGGACAGUUUUUGUACUGCCAUUCAAUUUGACAUGAGUGUGCCUUGAAUACUGAUCUUCCUAUUCACCGUCUCUCAAGACAAAUGCAACACUUUUGUGAAGCAAAGGAAUUGAACACAAUGAAAAUAAUGUAUCAAAUUUAUGCGUCAACUUAGUUUCUAAUUUGAUUAUGAAAUGUCAAUAGAAUAUCAGAGAUUACUUUAAAAAAAUAAAUAAACAAAGCUGCAUUUAGGUUAGGAGUACCCAGCACAGCAUUAAUGUGUCUGUGUGUAUAUAUGUAUGCAUAUGUACAUAUAAAGGCACAAACCUAUAUAUAGAUAUAUAUCAAAUUCUUCACUUCAGGACAAGACUGCGUCCCUAGAUAGAAACAUGGCCAGAGUGGAUUGUUAUGCCACACAAUAGUCAAGGAAGAGACUGGACAAAAAAAUCAGGAACUGCAGAAACAAAACAAAAAAUAAUUUAGUGCACUCUGUCUUAAAAUACGUUUACAGUAUUGAAACAAGUACAAGGGUAAAAUAAUAAUUGUGUGUAUGUGUGUUUUAAAAAAGUAAUUUUUUUUUUCUCCAAGUUUGCUUAUACCGUUUCUCUGAAUGCCAUAGUGGCAAUGUGUUUAUUGUUUUUUUGGUGACGGGGUUUUAGUAUAUAUAAAUAUACUGUAUAUGAAUAUAUAUUACAUUUUUCUUGUUUACUGUAAAAGUAUACCAGUAUUUGUAAUAUUGGAGAAUGCCUGGGCAUUUUACAAAAAUAGAAAAAAAUGUUGUUUUUCAAAUUUUAUUUUGCAGUCCAAUUUAAAUUGUGGGUCUCUUAAAAUGUUUUUGUCACUGUAACUGUAAAAGUCUUAAGUUUUAGUAAAUUUUAUUCUGCCUUGGGUGUAAUAAUAAUAAUUUUAAAAAAUGAAUAAAAAAAAGUGAACUGUAACAAACUUGGAUGGGGGGGGGUGGGGCCAGCUGAUGGAAGUUCUGGAAGUUUCCCUCGUAGAAACUAUGGAACAUUGUUAUGGCUUUGCAGGAAAAUACUGACAUUCCUGAUCUGUAUCUAUUGAUCUGCUUCUGGAAUGGAUACUCUUCAUGGCUGGUUUGAAAUACAUGUGUAGGCACUUGCUGUCUUUCUACAGAAGCUUGUAUUUUUUAACUUGUAUGUGCAUCCUUUGUGAAAAGGGGUACUUUAAGUACCUGUAUGUCAUUAUCUUAUUUGGGGGAGGGGGACAACAUUGCAACUUCAAGAUACAACUCACAGGCUGCCACGAUAUAUUUUCUUUCAUUUGGCAGGAUAAAAUAGUGCAAAAAACCCCCUGAUGAAUUUGUAUUGUUGAAAUGAAUCUUAUUGUACAGAAGGGAAAGAAAAGGUUGUUUGACAUCCUUUUAGCGACAAAAAUACACAAGUAGAUGUUUUUGUUUACUAUUGUAUUGGUUGUACAUAUUGUUCUAUGAUUAGCCUGACAUGUUUUAUUUUCAUUUUUAUUAUCGUUUGUGUUCCAACUGGCACUGGCAGUGACCUCCCCUCUUUGCGGUCAUCUAGCUACCCUUUGACCCUUGACCUUUGUGACCUGUGUGUCAGUUGUACAGGCACCUGACCUGCCUCCCCACAGGUUUCUCAGCAUGAGAAGAAUAGAGCACAAAUACAAACUGUUACAAUUCCAAAUGUUUUGCUCUUUUUUGUCUCUUUUUGUUUCCUGUAAAUGCUAACUCUUCUGAUAUGUCCCUGCUCUGUCCCUUCAGUCAGAGAAGGGACAUAUAUAGCGUGUAGAAAACACACACACACACACACACACACACACACACACACACACACACACACACACACACACACACACACACACACACACACACACACACACACACACACACACACACACACACACACACACACACACACACAUAGGAGAAAAACAGAGGAAAGUCUCUAAUGAAGUGCAGGGACAUUAUAUAUCUGGAUACCAUAGCUCGACUCCUACACAUACGACUCACAGAACCAUGUAGUGUACACAGAGCAGCCGAGGCUGGAUACGAUCAAAGCUACAAGCUACAUUCGCCUCAAACCAUAAGCUGUAAUUACAGGCAGUUAGUAGCUACCGUACCUGACCACGAUCAUACGGACACCUAUCAAUCAGUCAGAACCAGGGUGUGUAUUUUAAACCUGCUCACUUAGAUGUACAGAACUGUUCUCCAACUGUUUAGCAGCACAGGGCUCCCAUAUCUGUGCUUUAUCAUCUUUUGCAAUGUUUAUGUUUCCUUUCAAAUAUUGGUGCUUUGAUAUGUGCUAAGAGCUAUGUCCUGUUGGCUGCACUGUUUGUCCGCCCGUGGGCACCGUAGACAGAACACCAAGCAGAGCUAAGCUAUGCUGUUGAUUGUGUUCACUUUGUGUAAAGACAUCUUCAUGGAACACUACCCUGUCUGUGGGUGUGCUCAUUUAGUUUUCCUUCACAGAGGUUCAGGUCUAAUAGGCUAUGCAGAUAGCCCCUUUACCAGAGAGACAGAGUAGACGUUAGUACGAAGGUCCUGAUUAUGAAAUAAUGCUUUGCUGCUGUUUUACUCUUUAGGUUUCACAAUCCAUAAUUUGACUAUUUCCUUUUAGAAAUGUUUUUCAUGUUUGUAUUUAAAGAAUAAUACAGGGUUGGGAUGAAGACAUGGGCAAAUCUGUAAUUUUUGAUAUGUAGUAAUGUCCGGAUUGGGACAUACAGGGGAGGGCUGGAGUCUUUGAGUAGGGAUGUUAUGCUGUGUGUGAUGUCAAUUUAUUUAAAUACAUUAACUGAUUCUUUAGGCUGCGAUUGGCUGUGUUGUCUAUGAUGUCACUGAGGUGAGGACAGCGUUCCGUCGUUCUCAGGCCUGAUGAGUCCAAUGCCAUUGGUUCGUUACAGUAAACAUGAUAUUCAGACACCA